CACACGAAUCUGAAUCCUGUUUUAUCUGUAUGUACUUGGAAAAUCGAUUGUACCGCUCAGAACUUCCUGAAAUAAAUCGGAACCAGCAGUUAGCUUGUCUGAGUUUUUUUUCCCAACUCGGGACUCUGCCUAUGAAACAUAGACAUCAUAUCAUUGCCAGUUUUUCUGCUAUGAAACUAUGGUUUUUGGAAUGAUUUGAAGUUCUAUACCUUGUUUAAGCAUUUUAAAAAUUUAAAAUUUCAUGGGUGUGUUUUUUUUUUUUUGGGUUUUCUCUUUUAGUUUGUCCAAUUCGGCUGAUCUCCAACUCGGCCGAUUUGAUUCAGAAGCAGUGGGUGAUUGGGAACUGAUUUUUACAUAUAAAGACGGGAGCAAAUUAUUGUUUUUGAUCAGUUUCCAUUGAAUCCUAGGAAGAAAAUUGACUUCUUUUAAUAUGACCAUCCAUGGCAAUAGAAGUUAUCACAGAGAAAUGGAAGAUGCAUUUAGGCUGAAUCCUCUGGCUGAGUGUGUGAAAGAAGCUGUAAUGUCCUCUUCAAUGGCUGCCAUUAUGGAUAACCAAAGGCCAACCAGUUUCUCUUCAGCUGUGGACUAUGGAAGCCAGGAGGAGGAGGAAUUUCCAAGGAUUGAAGAACGAGCCGAGGGAGAGGAAGAAGUGUACGAUACGAUAAAAGCUAAGAUCGCCAACCAUCCUCGUUAUCCGAGACUCCUGCAAGCAUACAUAGACUGUACAAAGGUGGGGGCACCGCCGGAGGACGCGGCGCUGCUGGAGGAGACCGUGUGGUUGAGCGGUGGUGGCGGCUCUGCACAAACGUGUAUGGACCCUGAAUUGGACGAGUUCAUGGAGUCUUAUUGUAAGGUUCUUCUAAAGUACAAAUUGGAGCUUUCAAGGCCUCUUGAGGAGGCCAGCAGCUUCUUAACCAACACAGAGGCGCAGCUCAUCAAUCUAUGCAAAGCAAGUGCUGUCCUCGAGGAAGGGGUGGGAUCAUCAGGAGAGGAAGCAAGUUGGGGUGGAAAAGACACAAAGGGUGGCAAUAAUAAUGAUCAAAAAGAGAUAAAAGAGCAGCUUCUUAGGAGAUACAGUGGCUACCUAAGCGGCUUGAAGAGGGAGUUUUUGAAGAAGAGGAGUAAAGGGAAGCUACCAAUGGAGGCAAGACACAGGCUGCUAGAUUGGUGGAACGCCCACUAUAAGUGGCCUUAUCCAUCGGAAUCAGACAAGGUGGAGUUGGCAGAAUCAACAGGGUUGGAUCCCAAACAAAUAAACAAUUGGUUUAUCAACCAAAGGAAGCGCCACUGGAAACCUUCAGAAGACAUGCAACACGCUGUCAUGGAAAGUGUGAGCGGCCCUACAUCGUAAUCACUAUAUUGUGAUUUUCAUUCCCAUUGACAUCAUUUUACUAAUACUUUAAAAAAUUAACUCUUAAAUUAUUUGAAACAAUAGUAGGGUCUGUCUUCCCCCACGAAAUUACCCAAAAAAAAUAAAUUGUGAGCACACUACUCUACAGACCAGAUCCAUAAUCUCUAUAUAUCGAUCUAUCUAUCUAUCUCUACGUCCCAAACACAAUGACUUUCUCCCUCCCUACGACCCAAACCCUCUCUCCGGUCCCAGAAAAACAUUACAUGUUAUGUACCUCAGAGAUAUUUAAUAGUCUGGUACACUUGUGUCUUCUCGUUUGUGUAUUGAGUAUUGAUUUCUUUGUUUAUUAUUCCUCCCCCUUAAAGAUAUUGUACAAAUAUGCUCAUGUAAUUUCUGAUGAAUGUGGAGCAUUCAAAGAAAAAGAACAAGAAAAAAAAAAAUACUAAUGAAUGUGCAUCUCAAUGUUUUUUCCCGAAUUCAUGUCA